UACAGGUAGCCGUAGUCUACCUUUUGUUUUUAAUUUUUAUUGAAUUCAUAAAAAAACUGUUCUAACAAAACAAUAAAAUAUUGGAAAACGUUUUCCUGAGUUGUUUAAGGACUACUGAAUGUCGAAUUAUCAAGAAAUAGUAAAUUUAAACAUUGGAGGUACAAGAUUUGCCACAUCAUGGCAUACUUUGACAUGGGUUCCAGAUACUUUCUUUACAGCCCUCCUAAGUGGUCGAAUCCCUACAGUACGGGAUGAGACUGGGGCCAUAUUUAUAGACAGAGAUCCAAACCUUUUUGGCCUUAUUCUCAAUUUUCUUAGAACUAGAGAUAUUGACCUUAACAAUGUUAAUAUUAGAGCAUUGAGACAUGAAUGUGACUACUUUGGAAUUACUCCGCUAAGUAGACGGCUUGCACUUUGUGAUGAAAUGAAUCAUUCCUCAUGUGGUGAUGUAUUGUUCUAUGGAUACCUCCCUCCACCAUUAACACCCUCACCAAGUAAUAGUGGAAAGAAUAGCAAUAGUGGUUCUAGAAAGAAUCUUACAGCAUCCAAUUCUGAAUUAGCAGCUAGCAGGACACAUUCUAGAAAUUCAUCACUUGAUUUAAGAACUGUAGGGCGUGUACCUUCACAAGAUCAAUUAAGCCGAUGUGGUCGUGGACAUUCUAGAGCAGCCUCUCUAGGCAAUGCAGAUAGUCAGAAAGGCCUCCGAGUUGAAAAUACAUGGUCAGAAAAUGCGAAAGUCCAAAUAAUAAAAGCGCAUCACAAUUGGAUUGCUGUUGCCUACUCACAUUUCGUUACAGGAUACAGAUUAACAGAUUCAUGCGGCUGGUAUGUAGUGUUCCAAUCACCAGUUCAAGAAUCAACUAUAGAACGCAUAGCAUUAAAUGCUAAAACUGGAGGGGCAACCACUAGUGGAAGUAAUUCAUCAGGAACUGAUGUGAUGCUUGGUAUCGCGAGUGGACUUUUUGUUCGACUCUGGGCUUUCUCAACCCAUACUGAACCUGUAAGAAGAACACUUAUUGGCACGUUCAAUCUUGGCGUACGCGUAGAACAUUUAUUAUUCGUGGGUCCUCAACUAGUAGCUCUUAGUGGAGCAGGUAGCCGAAGCAAGGCUGGUGUGUGGCACACGAGCACACAACACUGGCAGACUCAGGACGUUGCUCAUCUUACUACAUACGACACUGCGGGAUCCUUCUUGCUAUUGGGAACUGCUACGGGAGCUAUCAAUUAUAUAGAUAUGCAAAAGUUCCCUCUGCGUAUGAAGGACAACGAUUUGUUAGUAACGCAGCUAUAUAAGGAUCCUAACCAGGAACCAAUAACAGCUAUAUCUGUUUAUCUGACGCCAAAGACGAGUCUCUGUGGCAAUUGGUUAGAAAUAGCGUAUGGAACGAGAUACGGUUCGGUACGAGUUAUAGUACAACAUCCGGAGACUGUUGGACACGGACCACAGCUGUUCCAGACGUUUACGGUGCAUCAGAGUCCUGUUACUAAGGUAUCUCUAUCAGAGAACUACCUGAUAUCAGUCUGUAGUGAAUACAACCAUGUGCGGUCGUGGCGAGUAACUCGGUUCAGGGGAAUGAUAUCCACCCAGCCCGGUACCACUCCCAAGGCAGCUUUCAAAGUAUUGGCUUUAGAGGCACCUACGGCACAGCCCCAUAAUGACUCUGGACCAUAUGGCGAGCAAGAUGAAGAGCAAAUAUUUAUACAAAAGGUAGUUCCUGAUACAGACACAUUGUACGUGCGGCUCGCUUCCAAUGGGAAAAGAGUAUGCACAAUUCGUUCCGUGGAUGGUUCGCCAGUAUCGUGCUUCGUAGUGGCAGAAUGUGAAGGCGCGUUACGUCCCCGUAGAUUACUACUCUGUGGUCAUAGAUCGGGUGCAACACAGAUGUGGGAUCUCACAGCACCGAUAGAUAAAGCCGCCAAACCAUCACAGACUGUCGGAGGAAGUGGUGAAGGCGAAGAGUCUCCAAUAGCCGAUGGGGGUCCAUCACCUGAUGAAUUAGUUCGUCUUUUAUCAGCGUGUGAUUUAGAUGCUUCCCCCGCUCCCCCUACACCCGCUAUUCUCCCCACUUCCCCUAAUAGACCAAUACAAGCCCCAUGAGCAUCAUUAUGCUCGAUACUUAUGUCCCUUGUUAUACCGAUAUAGUGUAUUUUCAAAGUAAAAAAGCCAAAACUCACCUCGCUUUGCAGUACCACUCGCAGUAUAAAAAUGGGAAUAUAAGUCGUGACUGACGUUUGGUCACGUGUCCGUAUAACACUUGGCAACUUAUUUGAAACAGCGCAAAAUCCGGAAUAAAGUUUGUUUCGAUAAACGUUAAAAAGUACGUAUUCGUAUAGUCUUCACGAACUCGUACAAUCUCUCGCUCGAUACGUCGCAUCAGUAACAAUAAAAUUGGCCUAAACUUAUCUAAUGGUUUUUGCUGUGACCGAAAUAUGACUUUCAUUCAGUCUAUGCAAGGAACAUUAUACUAUACUAUGCCUUGUUAUACAACUAUAUUAAUAUAUUAAAAGUACUAGCUAGCGAUGCAAUCAAGUGUAUCUUAAAACGGAAAACAAAUUGUGUUUGAUUAACAAUUUAUUAUAAAGGGGAUUAACAAAGUAUAAAAUGCCUAUUAUAUUUGUAUGAAAAAUCUAAAUAUUGCGCUUAAAGUUUUCAUACACUUUGACAGAUUCGAUUCUAUACAACUGUUCACAGAGCAUUCUAUUAGGGAUUGAUUUCUCUUGAAGUAUCAGAUAUGUCAUUUACAGAUGGCAAGACAAGUUUUACUCAUGUUAACUCAACAAAUCAGGUUAAAAAUGUUUCAAUAUUUAUUGUUUUUGUCAAAGAUUAUAAGAUUGUUAAAAUACUUUAGUUAAUUUUGUUUCUAAAGACUGAUCGUGUUCAUCUCUAUUAUGUUGAAGGGAAGACAAAUUUUCUGUAUUCUUGACUGAUAAUGAAAUAUAAUCAAUUUUAUUUUAAUACUGUGUACUAAGAAAUUUUUAGUU